GUUACAAGGAUCAUACAGCAAACAAGCUUCGAUCAGUUAGCAACUCCAGUUCUUAAGCUCAGCUCAACAACAUCUCCACCAACCAAACCGAAAAUGUUCACCAAACUGAUCUGCAUCGCCGCUCUGGCCAUCUCGUGCACUUCGGCCGAGCCAGGACUUUUGGCUCCAGUUGCUGCCCCGGUUGCUUAUGCCGCAGGACCUGCCGUUGUCACUGCCCAGAGUUCGCAGGUUGUCGCUCGUAACUACAAUGGAAUUGCCCCGCUCGCCUACACCGCUCCGGCCGUAGCCUAUGCUGCACCAGCCGUCGCUAAGGUUGCUGCUCCGGUGGCUUAUGCUGCUCCGGCACCACUUGCUGCCACUUAUGCUGCUGCUCCGCUGGCUGCACCAUUUGCCGCUCCUUAUGCCGCUCCUUAUGCUGCUCCUUAUGCUGCUCCUUAUGCUGCUGGUUUUGCGACUCCCUACGCAGCACCGUUUGCUGCUGGAUAUGCUGCCCCCUAUGCUGCACCGUAUGCUAAGGCGUUCGCUAGUCCGCUGCUUGCCCGAUCUCCUUACCAGCUGUGUACCCGCUCCAGUGCCCGCUCCGGCCUACCACUUCCAUACACCUGCCUUCGUUCUACCUGCGCCUCCAGCUCCUGUCUUCUAUCCGCAGCCCGUCGUCUACAACCCACCGACGGCAGUGCCAGUUCCGGUCCCGGUUCCGGCUGCUCCGGCUGCCAUAUUGCCGACGGUGGUGGCCGCUGCUCCCGCUGCGAAGCUGGUGACCGCUGCACCGGUGGCGAAGGUUGCAAAGCUCAACCGCACUGCAAUCUAACAAGCAAGCUUUCGCCUUUUGAACAGUUCAGUUCUCCUCAAACCCACCCAAUAAGCAUCAUGUCUGCCAAAAUUGUGAUCUGUCUGGCUGUGUGCGUGUUCGGUGCUGCUUCCGCCGGUGUUGUUCCUGUUGCGGCGCCACUAGCAGCGGCCGGAGUUGUUGCACCCUACGCCACCUCGUACAACGCACACACCGUGAAUCAUGCUGUGGCGGCUCCGGUCGUUGCUGCUGCUCCGGCCGUCGUUGCUGCUCCGGCUGCACGCUUCGUAGCUCCAGCGGCUCCAGCUCUGGCGUACACCGCUGCCGGACUGCCCGCUUACAGUGCAUAUACUGCCGGUGGUCUGCCGGCCCUCAGCCCAUACACGGCUUACACCGGACUUCCAACACCGUACGUUUUCUAAGCUGACCUCUCAAGCUGCUAGAAAAACAGUCACAGUUUGGCUAGACUGAAUGGGUUCUGACGAGAUAAAGAGAUUGUUCACACUAUCAUCUUCUUUCUGUUGAAUUCUUUUGUACAUACUUUGUUUCCUUCGUAACUCAAUUUUUUAUCAAAACAAAAUACAACACUUCGUAGAAGAAA